GGAACGUGAUUAUGAAACAUGGUUAUCCCAAUGUUUACAAUUUGCAGCUAAAUUUUUCACCGUUAACGUGAUGUAUACUUAGUAGAUAAUACUGUUAAGUUUCAUUGAGAAGGACAAUGCUAGAGUUUUCUUGCAACGAAGAAGCCUUAGAUCUUCCAGAUUGGUAUAUACCGAUUGCCUUCAACCAUAAAAGACACACUGAAAAUAUUGAAGGAAGUAACACUAAUACUCAAAAAUGGAGAAUGAAAGAUCGGAUGAAGACUGUAAGUGUUGCCUUAGUGCUGUGCUUAAAUGUUGGAGUUGAUCCUCCUGAUAUAAUAAAAACUCAGCCAUGUGCAAGAUUAGAAUGUUGGAUUGAUCCAUUAUCACUUGUGCCUCAAAAGGCUUUAGAUUCAAUUGCAGCUGCUCUGCAAAAACAAUAUGAAAAAUGGCAACCACGAGCAAGGUAUAAGCACAGUCUUGAUCCUACUGUUGAUGAAGUAAAACGACUAUGUACUUCAUUACGUAGAAAUGCUAAGGAUGAACGAGUUUUAUUUCAUUACAAUGGUCAUGGUGUACCCAAACCAACUUCUAAUGGUGAAAUAUGGGUUUUUAAUAAAACUUAUACUCAGUACAUACCUCUUUCUAUAUAUGAUCUUCAGCAAUGGAUGGGUGCACCUUCCAUUUAUGUUUAUGACUGCUCUUGUGCUGGGCUGAUUGUAGAAUCUUUUAAAAAUUUUGCAUUACAGCAUGAAAGAGAAUUUGAACUUUUAAUUAAUAACAGUAAAACUCCUUAUGAUGGACCACCAAUGCCUUCCUACAGUUCCUGUAUACAAUUAGCUGCUUGUGGAGCUACAGAAAUUUUGCCUAUGAAUCCAGAUUUGCCUGCAGAUCUAUUUACAUCGUGCCUCACUACUCCUGUUAUCAUAGCUUUGAAAUGGUUUGUUCUUCAGCAACAAAUCAGCAAACCAUUGUCCAUGGGUAUCACCAUGGAAUUAAUAGAUAAGAUACCAGGUCAAGUGUCUGAUCGUAGAACCAUGUUGGGUGAAUUAAACUGGAUAUUUACUGCUAUUACAGAUACAAUUGCAUGGAAUGUCCUUCCUAAAGAGACAUUUCAAAAGCUGUUUCGACAAGAUCUUUUAGUAGCUAGUUUAUUUCGUAAUUUUUUAUUAGCUGAACGAAUUAUGAGGUUUUAUAAUUGUACUCCUGUCUCAAGUCCAUCAUUGCCUUCUACUUAUCAUCAUCAUAUGUGGAAAGCUUGGGAUUUUGCUGUAGAUACGUGCCUAACUCAACUACCUGCGAUUUUAGCUGAUCCUACAACUACUUAUUCCUACAGUCCUUUCUUUUCUGAACAGCUCACUGCAUUCCAGGUUUGGUUAAAUCAUCCUCAGAGUCAAUCUAGUGUGCCUGAACAAUUACCAAUUGUUCUUCAGGUACUUUUAAGUCAAGUACAUCGUCUUCGAGCAUUGGAACUUCUUGGCCGUUUCCUAGAUUUGGGACCUUGGGCAGUAAAUUUGGCUCUUUCUGUGGGUAUUUUUCCAUAUGUUUUAAAGCUGCUUCAAAGUUCUGCUCGAGAGUUACGGCCUUUAUUAGUAUUUAUUUGGGCAAAAGUCUUAGCAGUUGAUUGUACUUGUCAGAGUGAUUUGGUUCGAGAUGGAAGCUUUAAGUAUUUCUUAGCAGUUCUUGGAGAACCUUAUAUGCCAGCUGAACACAGGACCAUGGCAGCAUUUUGUGUUUCAUGUAUUGUAAGCAACUAUAAGCCAGGGCAGGUUGCAGCUAUGCAGAGCAGUGUAGUUUCAAUUUGUCUGGAACAGCUGUCAGAUCCAAAUUCAAAACUUAGACAAUGGGUUGCGAUUUGCCUGGGCAGGAUGUGGAACAAUUAUGAACAAGCACGAUGGUGUGGAGUAAGGGACAGUGCCCAUGAAAAGCUUGAAGCUUUGUUAUCUGAUGCAAAUCCUGAAGUGAGAGCAGCUGCUGUUUUUGCCCUUGGUACAUUUCUAAAUAGUACAACAGAAAGAACUGAUCAUGCUAAUGCUAUUGACCAUAGCAUUGGUAUGAUGUUAAUCAAUAAAGUAGCUAAUGAUGGAAGCCCUCUAGUCAGACAGGAAGUUCUUGCAGCACUCCAGUGGUUCUUAAUAAUAUUUGAAAAUCAAUUUGUUGCUGUUGGUUUUCAAUACAUGGAAGAAGAAAAGGCUAAGGAAACUUCGACAAAUCAUUUAAUUGCCCCUGAGAUUACUUCUCCUAUUGCUAUGAAUGUUGCAAUGCGAAAAGUUUCUUCACGAGAUCGAUUGAAAGUAUCUUUAUCUGGGUCUCCAGGAUCUACUGUUUUAGACAUUAGCUUCUCUGGUGAUGGCAGCACACUUGCAUUGGACAGGCUUCGUAGAGUCAGCUCAAGUACUUCAAUAAGCAGCAUGACGUCUUCAGCUAUUCACAGCCCUUAUGGUGCUCAUGGAACAUUAGGCUAUGCCUCAGUGUUUGGAAAUAUUUGGAAGACACUAAUAAAUCUUUCUAAUGAUCCAUAUCCUGAUGUUGCCAAGUUAGCUGAGAAACUUGUGAAUUACAUCAAAAAUAAGGUAAAUGAAAUUCAUCAUAGUGAUAGUACAAAAAAUACAAAAAUUCCAUCUAUGUCUGAGCCUUCCUCCCCAUCUGGAAGACCAACAUUUUUAACAGGUGAAUCUCCUCCAUCCCGACCAAAUGGUGCUACUCCUCAUGCUGGCCAUGACAGAUUAGGUAAACCUGCUAAUAGGUGGACAGACUCUAAUGCACCCUAUCAACAAUAUCAAUACUUUGCUCAGUUUAAUCCAAUACGAAAAACAUUCGAUAAAGGUCCAAAGCAAAUUAGAGAAGUUGGAGAAGAAGGAGAUGAAAGUUGUCAAGAACCCAAGACACCUUUGAUUGAAACUCAAUAUGUAGCAUGGAGUACUAAAUAUUUCAGUCAGCCUGUUCUGAAGAUGACUGAAAGUGAUAUUGAUAGUCCCACUCAUGCAACAAAGGAAUGGUAUUAUCUUCGAAAUCAGACAAUCAGAAAUUGUGUGUUAGAAGAAAGGAAAAAGCUAGAAACAGGCAAAUUCGAUGAACAGAUUUUCAUCAACAAGAACAUAAAUCUUCCUACAUCUUUAAGAUUUCAUCCUUACGAAUCUCAUAUGGUGGUGACUGAUAAAGAGUGCUACAGUAUAUGGGAUUGGGAGAAAGGGUAUCUUUUGCGAUCUGACAGUGCUCGAAAUCAUCAAAAUGUUCGUAUUACAGCUGUUGACUUUUUGAAUGCACAUGAUGAGACAUUGCUAAUGAUUGGUUCAGAUGAUGGUGUUGUAAAGAUAUGGAAGAAUUACACUAAAGAGGCUGAAAACAGAUUAAUAACUGCAUUUCAGGUUAUACAAGAUUUGUUGCCAUCAACCAGGGGGUCUGGCUUGGUUUUACAAUGGGAACAACAUGCUUCUCAGUUACUAGCAUCAGGAGAUGUAAGGCACAUUCGAAUCUGGGAUUCAGAAAAAGAAAUGAAAGUCCAAGACUUGCCCACAGGUGCAGAUAGUUGUGUAACUUGUUUAACCUCCAGUCCAGAUUAUGCUAGUCUAAUAGCUGCAGGUUGUGGUGAUGGAACAGUGCGUAUUUAUGACAGAAGAAUGGCCCAAAGUGAUUGCUGCCUGCAUAUAUUUCAAGAGCAUUCUGGCUGGGUUGUAAAUAUAAUGCUGCAAAAUAAGCAGAACUUUGGACAAAUCAUCAGUGGAAGUGUUGCUGGCGAUGUUAGGUUUUGGGAUUUGAGACAUUCAAAUAGUAUCCGAAACAUUCCUCCAGCCCAUGGUAUGACAGCCAUGGCAAUUCAUCCACAACUUGAUUUAAUUGCUUGUGGAGCUGCAAACCAGUUUAUAAGUGUGUUUAAUCAAAAUGGAGAUAAUAUUAGUACAAUCAAAUAUCAUGACGGGUUCAUGGGGCACAGAAUUGGCCCAAUAAGUUGCCUAGGUUUCCAUCCAUAUAAAGCGAGCUUAGGUGCUGGAAGCACAGACCAUCUUAUUUCUGUGUACUCUGUAAAUAGGAAACAUUAACUAAGGACAAUCUCUUUGUAAUUUCUUCCCUCCCUUCCUGAGCUAGUCAAGCACUUAAGUUGUCUGUGCCAUAAACAAGCUCAGCCAUUGUGUCUUAAAAAAUAUUAUUAUUAUUGUAAAAAAGAAUAUUUGUACAGAUAUCUAUCUCAUUUUGUGAUAAGGUUUCAUAUGUUGUGUGCCAUUUUUCACCAUAAAAUAUUAAGUUUAAAAUACUUGUUCAUUGUUUCACAAAACUUGCAUUAUUUUAUAGUUGUGUUUUCCGUAGAUUAUAAUAUCACUUGUUCAACAGGGUGUAUUAAUAUAAAGUUUGUAAAUAUUAUAGCCAUUAUAUUUAGCUCUUCCAUUGCUCUGUUUUCAUAGUAUUUAUUGAAGGG